AUGUGGAAAACGGCGUUUUUCUUCCCACUGUUCGUCUUUUCGACUUCUGCCGCUCCAUUCAGCCCUGACUACGUCGAAGUCGACGUCUACGACGUGGACGGGACCUUGGCCGACGCCUUGGCUAAAGUCGCCGAGGAACUCAUUGGAAGUUCGAAGAACGAAUCUCGUGGAAUGGAUUUUGAGCAGUUUGUGAAGACCGACAAGUGCAAGGCCAACAUUGCCAGGAGCUGCUUCGAUGAUAUCGACACAAAUAGUAAGUUUUUUUUCCGUAUCGACUGAUUCAAAUACUUCACAAGGUUGUAUAUUUUCUGAUCAAUUAAUCAUUUUUAAAUAUGCUCAUCAAAAUUUCUAAAGUAUGUCAAAUUUCGUCGGGGUGCAUGCACAAGAAACAUCAUAUCUGACGGGCGAAAGUAGUUCUGAAAGCGCCGUGAGUGGUAAAUUGAAGUUUUUUUUUUUAGAAGACGGACUUGUAAGUCAAGAGGAGCUGGAAGCCUACGACAGGAGCUCGAUGCAGCGAGUCCAGUCAAUGUUCGACAACUAUCUGGACACGAGUUUUAUGGUAGGACCCUAUUCUCUCAGAAUGUUUCAUCAAAACGAAAGAAAAACGCAACGGCGCACUUUUGAAUCGAAAAGAUGCGUCAAAAACAACAAGAGGUGCGAAAAUCUAACGGUAAACAGUUGACUCUUCUGUUUACUUGUUUGUUUUUGAAAGUUUGAAAAGUGGUUUCUUGGUGUGGGAUAAAAAAAAAUACGGCUUUUAACUGUGACCACCUUGUUUUGAGCUUCUGGGAAAAUUUUCAGUGGCCCCUAUAGGGUUUUGACGUUUUAGUGGCCACUGUAGCAGUCAAAUUAGUGGCCACUAUAGAGAUCUAAGUGCUACUACUAGACCAUUAAAAGUUUUAGUGGCCACUUUAGGAAACAAUAGAUCAACAUAACUGGUCUAAUCUGUUUUUUUUAAAGUUAUAAGAGUUAAUGGAAGGAAACCUGGAUGAAAACUACUGAAGUGUUCACUAAAACGGAAAAUAGUGACCACUAUAGAGGUUGGUUUAGUGGCCACUUUAGUGUCCUCUCCGAGUAGUCCUUGGUAAGCCUCUAUAGUGGCCACUAAAAAUUUCCCAGUUUUUGCCCUUGUCAUGAUUUUUAAAAUUAUGAAAGGUCGAUUUUAGCUCGAAGCUGCGAAAAAAGGUUUGUAAAAAAUCAGGUUUUUUAAUUCUUACAGUCAUGACUUUGCAGCUAUACAUGAAUGGUACAUGAAAAAAUAUUUUGGGAGCUCGGAAUUAAAAUGAAUUUAAGCUAAGCCUCUCAGAAUCUACAUCUGGUAUAUCAAAAACUCUUUAGACCAAUCUUUGGAAAGUAUUGAACCUUUUUUUAAACUGGUUUACUUGUUUUUUUUUUUGUGAACUCGGUUUCCGACGAGAGAAAACGAGAAAAAAAAAAGCUCAAGGACACAAUAGCGACCGACAGCAUGGUUGAGGUACUCAACUGUAUAAACAAAACAAGGAGAAUAAGCAAGGAAAGCUGAAAAGGAGUGAAGAAGCGAAAAAAGAAAAGAAAAAAACGCACAUGUUGGGGUCGGAUGGCGGUGUUUGUUCGGCGAACGGAACGAUCUGAAAUCUCUCACAUGCGUAGUCCCCAAUCAACAAUGUUUUUGCAGGACGCCGACACCAACAGGGAUGGGGUCGUGGAUCAACAAGAGGCCGACAGAUUCGCGUUCAACAACGUCAGUUGAAAAGAAGUUUUGAGAAGUGAAAGAUUGUGAUUGAUGCAACGUUUUCUUUAUUCUUACUGGGAGAAUUUUUAGUGGCUAUUAUAGGGUUUUGAAGUUUUAGUUUCCACUAUAGUAGUCAAAUUAGUAGCCACUUAAGGGAUUAAAAACUAGUGGCCACUAUAGAGGUCAAAGUGCUACUACUAGACUACUAAAAGUUUUAGUGGCCGCUUUAGGGGUCAAUUGAUCAACAUAACUGGUCCAAUAUGUUUUUUUUUAAAAUUAUCACAUGUACUGGAAGGAAUAAUGGAUGAAAAACUACAAGUGGCCACUAAAACGGAAUAUAGUGCCCCCUAUAGAGGUGGGUUUAGUGACCACUUUAGUGUCCUCUUCGAGUAGUCCUUGGCGAGCUUCUAUAGUGGCCACUAAAAAUUUUCCCAGUUAGAACAUUGACCUCUACAACUACACCUGGCUGAAGCCGACUUUUUAUAAAAAAGAGAACUUAAGAUGUAAAAAUUUGAAAGUUCAUGUGAUUUGAAAAAGAAGGAGCGUAUAUUUCUUAUCUGCAUUGAUCAAAAUCUAAACUCAUCGAUCUCAAUUUUGAAAAAAAAAAUUAAAUUUCUCGUAGAAAAAAAAAUCUUCCAUUUUAUAGAUAGGGUGAUAUAAACUGUUCAUCCCCUCAAGUAGAAGAGAGGUCACUUAAGCCAUUUCGAAAAUAUCCAUCACAGAAAAGAAAAAAGAGAGAGAGAACGGGAAAGUUUCAGUUGAGAGUGGUGCCCGACGAAAACUGGCGAGAGGCGUUCUCGUCGAGCGACGCCAAUGAAGAUGGUCUUCUCGACCUCACGGGCGAGUUUUUUUUCUUUUAUUUUAGGUUCCAAGGCUGGAAUAACGAUUGAUGACUCAGUGUGUGCGUGCACAUCUUCCUGUACGGAAGAGAUAGUCAGAAAACAGAGAGAAAUGGUCUUUUCACGAUGGGAAUGGGGCAAAAAGAGAUGUUUUGAGAGAAUGGUUUGUAAGCCUUUUCACCUCAUCGACGCUCGUGAGAAAAACAGUUAGAGGUCAUUUACCAAAACAAGUUUACCGGUGUUUUGAACGAAAUUUUUUUUUCACGGUCAAAGUUGUAGUGGUGGAUAAUGACUGCUGAAAGGCAGAGGCUCAAAAAAGACCGCAGAAAGGCUACAAAAAGGUCGCAGAAAGGCUACAAAAAGGCCGCAGAAAGGCAGCAAAAAGGGUUCCUUUAUCGAGCCUUUCAUUUUUUCUGGGACUUAAAAGGGUCAAGAAAUGGUGAGAAAAUAGAGAGGCAGCAAAAAUGGUGCACAAGAGCCGCAAAAAGGCAGCAAAAAAAAGAACCUUUGUCACUCUAAAGCGAAAAUCUCUAUAGAGCCUUUUCCGACUUGCCUAUGUUUUAGAACUCUCAAAAAACGACUAAAUGAUAUUUAAUUUGAAGGCGUGGUUUCAAAGCCCCUAUUUACGUAAAUUGAAAACUCACACGUAGGAAAGCAUUGGAAGGAAUAGGAAUUCUGAAAAUUGUUUUGGGCAUGAAUACAAUAAAACAAAACCAAAAACAGAUGUUCGAAAAGCAAAAUGGGCGGAGCCAAGAAACCUAGGUCGCGAUAUGAGGAAAACAAUGACGUAUCUGUGAAUGGCAUGAGAAGUUGGUAUUUUUCAAUUUGAAAAUUCAGAAUUCAAGAAGCUCAUGAACGACUACUCGAACUUCAACGUUAACAUAGUUCAGACUUCAGACGUUCCCACACUCCAGUACGACACUGACACCCAAUAA